AUGGGACUUCUCGACGUGUUAAAGUCCAAGGCGCUGCCGGAGGAAGACCUCAAACAGCUUGGCGUCCCCUUAGCCACCUGCGACUUCAAGUGUGACACCUGCGAACACCCAUUGCCGUCAUCGCUCAAGAUUAGCGCCGAUGACGAUGGCGCCUCGCUCUGGAAGCUGAUGAAGCCGUACGAAAUCCACUUGCUUGUGUCUACUGGUAAGAACGACUGGCCUCAUGAUGCUUGUGAAGUCAAGGGCCUGGUGGAGCACGCCGUGAACGAAUGGAAGGGAUGCCCUCCUCUCACUAUCGACCCCAAGGUUAACGUCACCCUGUUCCCCGCUGAGAGAAGCCUGGUGCUCAUCAUGCCCUUCUUUGUGUGGCUUAAAGACGUCACCCCAGAAAACGUGGGGGCGCUGUUGGAUAAGAUUGUUCCCGAGCUUUUUGAGAAACGGGAAAAGGGUGAAAAAAUUGAAGAAUACCAGGAUUUACUCGGAGACAAGUCUGGCGUCAAGGUGGAGGUCGACCACCAGAACUGCUACGUGUUCUUGUGCUCCCACCGUACUCGUGACAAGCGUUGUGGGGUGUCGGCUCCCUACAUGAAAAAGGAGUUUGACAUGCACUUGCGUGAUGACGGCGUUUAUCGUGAUGUUGGUGACACCACUCCCGGCGGGGUGAUGGUGGGCUUCACCAACCACGUCGGUCAGCACAAGUGGGCGUGUAACGUCUUGAUCUACCGUAAGACUGACGGGGAACUCAUUUGGUUGGCGCGGGCGACUCCCAACAGUGUCGGUCCCAUUUACGAGGAGUGUGUCAAACAAGGUAAGACUUUCGCCGACUACACUCGUUUGGUGCAAAAGACGAAGCCCGUUGAGUGGUAA